UUUUUUUUUUUUUUUUUUUUUUUUUUGGUGUUGUUAAACUAAAAAAAAAUGGAGUGUGGUGAGACCUCAAAGACGUUAUACAAGAUUGUAGAAUACAAUGAUACCUUAUACCAAAUACCCAGUCGAACCAUUGACGAUCAACAAGUCAUUUUAUUAAACGAUGUCAGAGCACUUGUACCAGACGCUACAGCAUUCUUAUCCCAUACAACCACUCUCAUUCCAUUCCUUCUGGACCCCAUCUCCCACACAGAAUUAAUACCAUUGCGUGUUGCCAUCGACAGAGACGAUGACUCCAUUUGGCAUAUCAAGGUGCCUCCCCUUCCUCCUCUCGCAUUCUCACAGACAAACUUGCAAACAAAGAUGGAUCUACUCGUACAAAAGUUCGAUCGUAUAUUAGCAUUACAAGGGGAGGAAGAAGAAGAUAUACACCACUCAGCUAAUAUUGAACCUUCUAUUCUUAUGAACAAUCCUUCCUCCUCCUCUACUUCUUCUUCCUCUUCUAAUACUACUACUACCACAGCCACCGCAGAACCCAUCGCCACCACCACCACUACCACCACUGCUACUGUCACUCAAGAAGAAGAAGAAGAACCUCAACAACAAGACCCUCCACCUGCCUUUUCAACUCCUUCGCAUGCUCCUUCCUCUUCUUCCUCAACGCAUCGACAUGAAGCUCCACCCUCUUAUGAAACAUCCGUUCUCAGCACCAUCAAAGCCAUCAAUUCCAAGCUCUGUCUGUACGAAUCCCAUAUCUCCAACCGACACAAAUCCCCACGCUGGCUAUCCAAGCGAGACGAAUGGAUCGCUCGUGUUCCUACCAGCAUUGAAGAAGUCGCUUACCAACUAGUGCAAUUGGAAAUGGCUUUGCUUUGGACUGCCGUAUCCGAGGCUUGGAUCCAGGAAAGAGAGACGUGGUUGACGUUGGUUGCGAAUGCAAGAUCCGAGCGUCAUUUAGCGGGUGCCAUAAUCAAUCUGGAAAGACAUACGCUGGUCAUGGACGAUCAGUGGCCCCAGCAACGAGAAAGAUGGAUGAGCGCCUUACUGGAAAUGCUCGUCUUACCAUUAAGUCAUUAAAAAAAAGGGGGGG